AUGGCUGAAGAACAGGCAGCUCACCACCUGCUGAAUGUCGUCGAGGAAAGAGGUCUGAAUGUAGAUCUCGACAAGAUACUUUUGAGCUUCGAAGAUGGGGAUACAAACCACGAGUUCGCGGCAUGGGUAGAGGAAUAUUUGCACGAAGAGACACUGUUGACCAAAGAAGAACUGGAGUUGUACCAAACAUUGAAGAAAAAGGGUCUAUUGCACCAGUACGAAAGCGACGGUGAACCCAUCCGACCCAUCUUGGACUAUGAGAUCGCAUCAGCAAUUGAAUCGCUGCAAAGCUCUACUGUAGCAAUCGAGGAGCAGUGUAAGGUCUUAGAAGCGCAGAAGGAUGCAUUGAUGAAGCUCAAGGUUCUCGACAAGCCCAAUCUGAAUAUCGAGCAUGCCAGGAACGAGAGAAGAAGGAAAGAGGGACAGGAGAAGGCACGGCUGGAUGUUUCGGUCGAUGAUGUUGCUGGAUCCGUCACAGAGCAAAUGACAGACGCACAGCGGGAGGUCGAUCAUGAAAAGUCCUCGCUCAAGAGCUACCUCUCGGAGCGCUUCUCUUCUGAUGAUCAAAUUCUGAGCCGACUCCCAGGAUUGAUGUCUCAAAUUGUGACAGACCCCGAAGUCAACGAGGACGACAAGUCAAUGGAGCAAUGGUGCAAGGCCAUCAUCUCGUAUCGGAUCGCGGAAAUCAAGGCACGCGUUGAUACCGUGUUUCUCAAUAGCAUUGGAAACCCGCAAAACGGAGUUGCAGAGGAGUCGGAAGAGGCUCUCAAGGAACGAAAAGUCGCGCUACAGGCAGAGCUGGAGGAGCUUCACUCGGAGAUUGCAUCUAUUGCUGAAAUGGUUGUUGAGCACGAUAUACGCAAGCCUAUGACGGACAUGAAGGAGCGCAGAGACAGAGAAAGAGCACAGGCGCGGGCUGCGUGGCUCAACUAUGUACUUUCAACUCUGGAAUACAUGGGUAAACGCCUCGACAUACUAGCUACGAGUGCGACAGAGAGCGACGAGUUUCAACAGGCACUCGCAUACGUCCAAGCUGCUGCUGCAAAACGUAUGCCUGAGAUACUCCCAGCUACGCCACGGCCUCCACACAAACGAAUGAACUCCAGCACGACUGCCUUUACGCCCAUGGUCAAGCUAAAACCUAACCAAAUGCUGGAUCUACCCGUUGCACUACAAGAUGCACUUCGCCACGCGGGCAUAUCCUUCCAUCAAGACAAUAUCGAGAUGCUUCAAGAUUUCUUGCAGCACACGCAGCUCGAGCGAAGCAAGAAACUGCAAGAUCACUACGAGUCAGCCACGACAUCAACACACGAAAAACUUGCAGAACGCUCAAGCAAGGCGGACACAGACAUCAGAGCUAUAUUGAGCGUGCUGUACAAGCAUGCGCCAUUCCAGACGGUGAGCUUAACAGACAGCAAGUUGGACGAGCAGAUGAAGGCGAUGGACUUGGAGUUAGAGGAGAAGGAUCGAGCGUUGUUGGAUGCCGAGGGGACCGAGUUGAAUUUGGAUGAUCCUCGUGUUCGGCAGUUCAUCGCAAAAUAUGGUAAAUAA